AUGAGCACCCCCGGGGCGCCCAGCUCGGAACCAGAGGCAGCAGAAGCGCACAGCGCCUCGGCAAGCCUGCCCCACGUCGCCCCGGGCGAUGCGGGCGGCGCCUCCCCGCCCGCGGCGGCACUGCCGCCAAAGCACGCCCCCUGCUCCAGAGAAGCUGCGUCCUGGGCUUCGGCCCAGGCCCCCCACACCGCCUACCUGCGCAUCGAGUACUUCACUAACCGGGAGGCGAGGGCGCUGGGCUGGGCCGCCUAUGUGGCGGCCGCCAUAGUCAAGACGUCGGUGGUGGUGCUGGUUUGUUACAAGUUUCAGUCGGAUGAGGCAGAGGUGCUCUUCGUCCACAAGACGUGGUACAUUGCGAACACCUGCGUCGCAAUUGCCUGCCUGCUGCAGCUGCUGACCCUGGCGGCCUGGUUCUGGAUCAACCUGAGGAGCACCCGAGAGGCACGGCGCAACUGGAACCACCGCCGGCAGGCGCUCAGCCGCUAUGCUCUGAUCCUGCUCAUCAUCCAGAUUGUGUCGGCCGUGUUCUGGGGGGCUCCCUACAUCAUAGCCGCCGCCUACCGCUGCGCAUGGUUUGACUCUGUCAUGGCCUGGCUCAGCCUGGUGCGCUGGUCGGCCUACAGCACCGUCUUCCUGGCCAUGCUCAUCUUUGCCCACGAGUGCUGCCGCUACCACGGCCCCGACCCGCCGGAUGAUCCUGACCAGCAGCUGGUCAUGGACGUAGCUGCCCGCCAGAAGAUCCGGGUGCACGCCCCCAAGCUGGUGCUGUGGGGCAUCGCCGAAGCGCUCGUGUUGGUCGGCUUUGUGGUUCGGUUGCGGGACCGCAAUGAGGUGGUGGCAGACCGGGACGCGUGCGAGAGCCAGCAGUACGAUUGCAGCCAGCCCGCCAUAGUACAGUUUGUUGAGGGCCUCGAGCUGGUGCUGGUGGUCGUGUAUGCCCUGUGGUAUGCGUUCUUCAUCUGGCGUGCCUUCCUGGACCAUGCGGUACUGCCUUUUGCAAGGUACCGUACUUCCAACGUGUAUAUCCGCCUCAUGGCGCGGCACGGCAUCGCUGCGUUCGUGACGGUCCUGUUUUCGGUUGUAAUGCUCACGGCGCUACACUUCCAGAGCUGCUGGUCGUACCUUGACGGCAGCCUGGGCCUCGCGCCAGUGCAGCUGGCGCUCACCCUGCUGGUGUCGGUCCAUGUGGUGACGCUGAUGCCCAAGCGGGGGCACACGCGCGACCUGCUGACGACCUGCAUGCAGCGGUUCAGCUGGACGCUUGAGGGGAUGCCAGCGGCCAUCUCGAUGCGGGAGGCGGAGCGGCGCAGGGCCCAGGGCGGGCCGGCGGGCCUGCAGCGGCUGCUGUCAGGAGUGAGGCGGCACGCCAAUGCGGCGGUGCACGUGCCCACUGAUGUGGGGCGAAACCUAGCUGAGCUGGUGCGGCCUUCGGCCCAGCAGCAGCAGAAGCAGCAGCAGGAGCAGCAGGCAGAGGAGUUGAGCAACGGGAAGCACGAGCAGGCGCACCCCCCGUUGGAAGCAGUGGGAAAGCAAGAGGAGCAGCAGCAGCAGGAGCAGGAGGGGAGGGCGUCGGGGGCGCUCCCGGCCCGGCCAGCCCUGCAGCAGCGCAGCCCGGCGCCGGGUCUGCCUCACACAGAUGCGCAGCGGCAGCACAGCGGGGUGCGGGGCGUGUUGGGGGAGCCCAGGGGGCAGGACGGGCACAGCAUGCUCAGCAGGCGCAGCGUGCUCGGCGACCUCGCCUCCCGCCUCUCCUCCCUGCUGCCCCACCACGUGGACCCGCAGCUGCAGCAGCAGCAGUACACCGACCCCAUGUUUUGCCUGGAGCUGGCGGUACGGUUCUUCUACUGGGCCAAGUAUGCGUACCGCCACUGGCUGGGAGCUGCGGGGCUGAUGGACCAAGGUGUGGGGCAGCGGCUGUUUGGCUUCACCGACUUUGAGGCCUUCCACGAUGCCGCCACCGACACGCGCGUGCUGCUGAGCUGGCGCGACGGCCAGCUGCUGCUGGCCUUCCGCGGCACCGCCAGCGCCGCCAACGCCGUCACCGACAUGAAGGCGUGGCAGACGCCCGUGGUGCCGCGCCGCUACCACGCCGGGCGGCUGGUCAAGGCGCACGCGGGCUUCUAUCACGCCUACACGGCCAACGAGGACCGUCACAAGCUGCUGAGCCGAAUCCAGGAGAUAGUGGGCGGGUUUGGGGGCGGCGCCGGCGCCGCCGCCGGCCUGCGCCUCUACCUCACAGGCCACUCGCUGGGCGGGGCGCUGGCGAUCCUUGCCGCCUACGACCUGCAGCGCCUCUUCCCCGCAGCCUACACCACGGUCUACACCUUUGGGUCACCACGGGUGGGCAACGCUGCGUUUGCCGCAGAGUACCGCUGCCUGGUCCCCGACAGCUGGGCGGUUGUGAACGACCAAGACCCGGUGACCCGCAUACCGACCGUGGGCUUCCGACACAGCUGCCAGCCGGUUGUGGUGAACGCGCGGGGCGACAUCAUAGUGCGGCCUUCUUUCUUCGAGAGGGAGGUGCUGUCCAGGAGGAGCGGCGCCCUGAGCCACCACCAGCUCCUGCGGUACGCCCUCUCCAUAGCGGCAGUGUUCAGCAGCAGCAAGUGGUUGCCGGGCGGCGAGGCGGGGGCGGCGGCGCUGGCGCUGGCGGCAGACCUGGGCACCCUGCUGCUGCUGCGGAACGUGGACCUCACCUCGCUACGGGAUCCCACGGUACUGCCGGAAUCGUCGGAGAAGCCGCUUGUGCGCCGCAAGGCCACCAAGGGGGGCCGCCAGGCGAUGCAUACGCUCAGCGGCGUGCCCACCCGCCUGCUGUCGCUGUGCUCCGGGGCGACGCCGUCGGCAGAGCUGGAGGUGGUUGAUGAGGAGGAGGAAGUCCCCGGGGAGCAAGUCGGCAAGGUGCCGGCUUGCCACCUGGAUUUGGAGCUGGGGAGCUGGGAGGGCGAGGAUGGCGAGGAUGGCGAGGAUGGCAGGCGGCAGAGCAAGUACCCGCCGGGGGCGCGGGGCCUGGGCCAGGAGGCGGCCGCCUUUGCGGCGGAUGCGGCAGCGGCCACCGGCCAAGUGGCGGCAGAAUACCUGACGGUUGCGGCAGAUGUGGCUAGUGGCGCUGCAGAUGCGGUGACGGAUGCGGCCACCGGCGGGCGGCCCCUGGUGCCGCUGGUGGGGCCCGACAGGUGGUGGCGGGGCUGGCGGCGGCAGCAACGCCGGCAGGAGGACUUGCAGGGGGUGGAGGUGGCCAGGAGCGGCGCGCCGCCGCCCACCACUGCUGCCGCUCGUGCUGGUGCGGCCGUUGGCGACGAUGCGGCGCCGGGUGCGGCGGCAGCAGGCCAGGCCAGCCCAGGGGCGGUGCUUGAGCAGCCAGCAGCAGCAGCAGCGGAGGCAGCGCCAGACCUGGGUGUCGCCGGCGGCACCAGCAGCGCUGACGCCAGGGUACUGCCCUAG